GGCUGUUUCAGAAGUAAGGGUGUAUUUUUGUCAACCUUGACUUCUCUUUGGAUAUGGAGAAAGCAAAAGGCAAAAAGAAUUCCACAAAGAAGUCAGGGGAAGACUAUUUCGCUUGCAAAUCCCAACCUGUAUCAAGAGAAGCCACAGAGAAACAGCAAGCUUCUGGUGAACCAAAGUUACCAAGACCCUCAGUGAACGGGACCAAACAAAAAAGAUCUAUGAAAGAAGACAAAGAAAAGACAGCACAAGACAAUGCAAGAGUAAGAAUUCGGAAGAAAAUCCCUAUUCCUCCAUUACCUUCCACGCUGCCACCAGUCAACUUGCUUCAUAGAGACGUGGUGCGGGCCUGGUGCCAACAACUGAAGCUGAGCACCAAAGGCCAGAAAUUAGAUGCAUAUAGGCGGCUGUGUGAAUUUGCUUACCCGAAUCAAAUGAACAUUCCCCUCACUGCAAAGGAGGCCAAGAUUCUCACACCAUCACAAAAAAGGUCAAAGAUGGACAAGGGAGAAAUGUUUCUGGAAAAUUCUAAGAAAAAGAGCUCUUCUCAUGGAACCCACCCUCCUGAAGUGGCUGCUCCCCCUGAGGGUGGGCUGCAGGCCCUCGUUGGGUCUGAUCCUCUUCCGGAAGGAGUCGAAACGGUGGUUGUGACAACUUCAGCCCCGGAUGCUGUGUUUGCCUCCUGGUCCAGAAUUGCAUCCACGGCUGGGAAGAUGGAGACAGUGGAAUCAACACAAGAUGCCUAUGGUGUCCGGUGGUGUGUGGUCCAUGGGAAAAGUCUGCCUGCAGACACAGAGGGUUGGGUUCGCCUACAGUUUCAUGCAGGGCAAGCCUGGGUGCCUGAAAAACAGGGGAGAGUGUGUGCCCUCUUUCUGCUACCUGCCUGUAAUUUUCCACCCCCACACCUGGAAGACAAUAUGCUGUGCCCCAAAUGUGUUCGGAGGUAA